CGAAAAAGAAGAGUUCAAAGUUCACCAGGAAGUCAUCCUCGUGUAUUUGUGGUGUAGUUACGGCACUGUCAGGUACGCACGUACCAAAAAGUGAAUUAGAUAUCUUUUACGGAGAGAUCGUCUCACUGAACAGGUCCCCAUGGCCUCCUACACUUGCAUCAGCUGCCGGGUAGCUUUCGCAGAUGGUGAAGUGCAGCGAGCGCACUACAAAACCGACUGGCACCGUUACAACUUGAAGCGCAAGGUGGCCGACAUGCCCCCCGUCACAGCUGAGAACUUCCAGGAGCGCGUCCUGGCCCAGCGGGCUGCUGCUGACCAGCAGCUGACCGACGCAUCGGCCACUGAGUACUGCACCAUCUGCAACAAGAAGUUUUCCAGCGCCAACGCUUACCAGAACCAUCUGCAGUCCCACAAACACCAACAGGCCGAAAAGCAGACCCUGCUCGCCGCCCAGAGGAGAGUGGAGAAGAUGAACGAGAAGAACCUGGAGAAGGGACUCGGUGAUGAGAAGGUAGAUAACGACGCAAGGAACGAGGCCCUGCAGCAGGCUCUGAAAGAGCAGCAGAGAUCGAGCCCUGCCAAGCAAGACCACGCCCAGACGUCACAAGGAGCGACAAAGCAGAGGACAGAGAAGCCGGAUAAACCGCCCAGGAUGAUGUGGCUGGAGGAGCAAGCCAAGAGGCGAGAGAGAGAAGGAGGAGGUACAGCUGAUGAAGAAGAGUGGGAGGACGUAGAUGAUGAUGAUGAUGAUGAUGAUGAGGGAGAUGACAGUGAUGAGAUGGAGGAGGACGAUGAAGAUGAGGUGAUGGAUCAGGAGGAGGGUGAAUCCGCUGCUCUGUCUGACCCCUGUCCCUCCGCUCUGCCCGGCUCCAUCCCCAUCACCGACUGCUUGUUCUGCUCCCACCACUCCAAGUCGCUCAUGAAGAACGUCAGCCACAUGACCAAAGUCCACAGCUUCUUCAUCCCCGAUGUGGAGUUCCUCGUAGACCUGAAGGGCUUCAUCCGUUACCUUGGAGAAAAAGUCGGUGCUGGAAACGUGUGCUUAUGGUGUAACGAAAAGGGGCGUUCGUUUUAUUCGGCAGAAGCGGUACAGAGUCACAUGACAGACAAAAGCCACUGUAAGCUCUUCACAGAUGGCGAUGCUGCCCUGGAGUUUGCAGACUUCUAUGACUUCAGGAACAGUUACCCUGACAGGAAAGAGGGAGAGGAUAUUGAAAUGGACGACGAAGAGCUGCCUGAUGCCAAAAACCUGGAAUAUGAUGAUGAGACGAUGGAGCUGACGCUCCCUUCAGGUGCAAAGAUCGGCCACCGCUCCCUGAUGAGGUACUACAAGCAGCGGUUUGGAGCCCAGCGAGCAGUGGCUCUGUCCCACAAUAAGAACGCUGUUGGCAGAGUCCUCCGGCAGUACAGAUCUCUCGGCUGGGGAGGAGACACGGGUAACAGUGCCCUUAAUCAGAAACAGAAGGACAUGCAGUAUGUACAGAUGAUGAAGUCCAAGUGGAUGCUGAAGAUGGGCAUGGGCCACAACACCACCAAGCAGAAGCACUUCAGAGCUCAAGUUAUGUUCUAAACUCGGACUGAAGGGAACGGGAGGUGGACCGGUGGGCUCUGAAGUUUCAUGUCUACUAACUCCAAGCCAGCAGGCAGACAUCUUUGGUAGAAGUAAAACCAGGCUUGUCAGAUGUAGACUGUAUAAAAAAAGAUGGACGCUGCCAACAUGAUGUCAUUCAACAGUUUAUGAAGUCUUUUUUUUUUUUUUUUUUAAAGCCACAAGCACAACAUAUUGGCCAUCUUGGUGUUUUGAAUUCAGAGCAGAAGAGACGGUGGGUUAGACUGGUAAACUAACAGACACUGCAUGCUCAUACUCUGGCUGCUUAUUUAUCACAAGGUAGCCACGCCCUAAAUCAUAUUCUACUUUACUGUCUAUUUUAUGCUAAAUAGGACCAAAAUUAGCAAAAUUUUAAUACAAUUUGAAAUCAGUGAUUGAGACCAUGAUCUCUUCAGAGAAGCGUUUACUGAGGACAUAGAAGAAGUGCGGAGAAAGCUUGUUUUCUGAGGCUUUAUUUCAGACUGAGUCUCCUCCUGCUGGCCAUGCGAAAGAACACAAGUUUAAUGUACAUCUGUGUUGGCUGUGUCCAUCUUUUAUAUACAGUCUGUAAUUGACACCCCCUCAUAACAGUAAUUUUAUGAGGGGGUUUGCAUUGUGUUUAAAGUGAUGCAGUAUGAGGAAAUCAGUUUGAGGAAAUCUUUGAUGUGAUGAAUCUUUAGCAGCUUCUUGAACUUUUUAAGAUAAAGAGCCUUAAAAUUACUUUCACCUGCGUCUCUGUGCUGAGCAGAGGUGGAAAUCUCGUUGAAAUUGUGAUAGAAAUCCAGGUGGAAGCUCUUUUCAGCUUCACUUUGAGAACAGCCACGCAGGUGCAGAUCAAGGGCACGAAGAACGUUUAGAAAUUAUUUUUGACAUUCUAUUAACCCUGUAAAAGCUAGCAACAUGAUCAUAUCCUAUUCCACCAAAUGUUUCCAUUUAUCUCACACGUGAGUCUUCCUUAUGUAACGUUUUGUUACUUUGUAAUAUUUCAUGUUUAAAUAGAAGAACCUAUUUCAGUCAUAAAAAUCUGCCUUUCUGUUUUUGUUCGUGAUUAAAAAGUUUGA